AUGAGAAGCAAUGACAACAAGAAGGGCGUCCACAAACAAGGUAGACCAUUGUUAUCAGUAUCCGAACUCGAAGAAGCUGAAAAGAGAAUAAUUGAGCACGUUCAGCGAGAAUCAUUCCCGGAGGAUGCGGAGACGGCAAAGAAAGGUAGCCUUGCCCAACUUAAACCGUUCAGAGAAGAAAAACUGCUUCGAUUGGGAGGAAGAUUAGAACGAUCGAGCUUAAGCUAUGACGCCAAACAUCCUUUUAUAUUGCCGAAGGACCACCCGGUAUCAGAAUUGAUCGUAUUGCAUUAUCACCAUCUUAACGGACACGUAGGAAGUUAUCAGACAUUAGCAAAAACGAGAGAGCGGUUUUGGAUCACCAAUGGCGUUUCGUAUGUGAGACGUGUUCUCAAGAGUUGCCAAGUUUGUAAACGAGAAAACGCGAGAUUAAGAGAGCAAAUGAUGGCACCGCUGCCAAGCGUGAGAGUAUCGUCAGAUAACGAUGGAAUCGCGUACCCAUUCGCGGCAGUAGGCGUAGAUUACUUUGGACCUCUGUACGUCAAGCUUGGCCCUAAAACGAGAUCGAAGAAGAAUGAGACAUUAGGAAAGCGCUUUGGAUGUAUCUUCACAUGUUUACGAUACCGAGCAGUACACAUCGAAGUAGCAGAAGACUUAUCGACCGAUAGUUUCAUCAACGCCGUCCUACGCUUUGUUGGUCGAAGAGAUGCACCUCGCAUCAUCUACAGCGACAACGGCACCAAUUUCAAAGGAUCAGAAGCUGACGUGAUCGAAGCUUUGAAGUCAUGGGACGUGGAAAGGAUCCAAGGUUCGCUAUCACGCAGAAGUGUUGAAUGGGUGUUCAAUCCCCCGUUAGCUAGUCAUCAAGGAGGCGUUUGGGAACGCUUAAUACGUUCAACUAAGAAGAUUUUGCGCUCGUUGGUCGGACAACGCGAACUAAAUGACGAAAGUUUACGUACACUCAUGGUAGAAGUCGAGAAAAUAAUGAACGACCGACCAAUUGCGCCAGUCUCAAGUGACCCACACGAUUUAGAAGCACUUACCCCUAAUCAUAUACUCCUUCUACGUCAGAAUCCUUCAACGUCAGCCGGUGAGUUUGACGGAUUGGACAAGUUCAAGGCAAGAUGGAAACACGUUCAGAUGUUAGCAGACACGUUCUGGGAAAGAUGGAAAAAUGAAUAUUUGCCCACUUUACAGGAAACUCAAAAAUGGUUGAAGAAGAUGCCCAAUUUCAGUGUUGGAGAUUUGGUACUGAUGGUUGACAAGGAUGUUCCUCGUGGUCAAUGGCCGAAAGGAUUGGUCGAGCAAGUGUUUCCCGACACUGAAGGAGUUGUACGUCGAGUGGUAAUCCGAACAGCAGAUGGCGUCUACCGAAGAGACGUGAGAAAGCUAUGCCUCCUAGAAGAGAAACUGAUGAAAUGCAUGGAAGAUCAGGAACAUAUUGAUGAGUGA